AUGAUAAUCGAUUCGUCUCUAACGACCGCUUCGACGUCUUCAAACGGCGGAAAGUUCUCACCACCCAAGAAGACGUUACUGUGUGCUGUAUGCGGAGAUCAAGCCCGGUUGCAAAAAUUUUGUAAUUUUGAGCCAAAUUUUGAGCUCUCAAUACAAUUUUCUCCAUUAUUUUUUGUGUUUUUGGCUCUUGGAAAGCACUACGGGGUGAAUGCGUGUAACGGAUGUAAAGGAUUUUUUCGGCGAAGUAUUUGGAAGAAUAGGACGUACGCUUGCCGAUACGGUGGCAAGUGUUUAGUGGCGAAAGAACAACGAAAUGCGUGUCGAUCGUGUCGUCUGGCGCAAUGUCUAAAAGUGGGAAUGAAUCCACGGGCGGUUCAAGGUGACACUCCGGAUUUCCCUGAACCGAUGGAAAUGGAUGAAGAUAGUAUAGCAGAUAAGGAGACGCAGACAGAUUUAUCGGAGAAAUUAGUCAAAAAAUCAAUUAAAAAAGAGCCGGAAAAAGAGGAAAUCAUCGAAAAAUUGAGGUCAAUAUAUUCUCGGAUUGAUCCUGAAGACACGUGGAACCAGUCGAUUCCCGGAAUUUACGAUUUCCGCUACGCCUUCUAUCAUACAGAAGUGGUCUCACCACGAACAGCCCUCAAACCAACUGCUGAAAGAAUUGCCACGUUGAAUGACGUGGUUUCUGACUUCAGAAGAGCGUUCGUUCUCUUCGCCGACAUCGUCAAAUCGAUUGAUCAGCUGCAGAAUAUUCCAGAAGAUGAUAAAAUGAAAAUCGCCAAGUCUCGAUUCGCCGCAUUCUAUUGGUGGUUGUGUUCGACGUGGAGUGCACAGGCGGGAUGUAACGGCGUCUGCUAUUCGAAUGGAUCGUUUCAUCCUGCGACGCCAAAUGAAAUGCCAAAAACCGAGGGGAAGCACGGUGUUCGAAUUGAGUAUGUCGAUUACAACGGCGUGUCGCAGAAGAGUUUGGAGAAUCUUGUAGAGCCAUUGAAGCGAAUGAAGUUGAGUGAUGAGGAGAGAAUGGUUGGAGCUGUCAUGGUUAUCCUUGCCGAUCCAGUGCCCAAUGUAUCCGCGAAAACUGAUAAGAUCCUGGCGGAUACUAGGGAUUUCUAUCUGGAACUUCUCAGCUAUUGCAACAACCUACCAGAAGAGCAACUAUGUAUUAGAGUAUCGAAUAUGGUUCUUUUUGUGGCUUCUAUUAUGGAACUAGUGCACUUAUCAACCGACAAUAUUCAACUAUCCGACGUGCUACACGUCAUCGAUCUUGGAGACUGGUCUACGGAGCUUCGGGAUCACCGAUAUAGACGGCAAUUUUGA